AUGGUGUCAAUUCUUGGCCGUUAGCUCCAUGCUUUGGCAAAUAAAAAUGGGAAACUUUGGUAUUACCAUUGGAACAUUGUUGGAUUCCUCGCCAACAAUUGAAAAACAAAAAAGUAAUAGCUAACAGAUGUGAACUAAGCACACACGAUCAAGAACAGUGACAAUAAAGAUAAAAAAAUAUUAAAAAGGUGACAAUAAUGAUACUGUCACAGUGACAGCUUAUCGUCAAAAUCGAUUCAAAAUAAUUCUGUUUGUUAUAAAUUAAACCCACCAAGAAUUCUAUGCACUUGAUCACUCCACUUGAAAAGAAAAUUGCAUAGGGAGUUGAAAAUGAGUAAUAUACUUGUACCAAUACCAUCACCAGCUCCAGCCCCUCUCUUCGAUCUACCUUCUGGUUUAGCUUUUGACGAAUCUACACCACCAUGGAUGAGCAAAGCUGAUAAUGCGUGGCAAUUAACAGCAGCAACAUUUGUUGGUCUACAGAGUAUUCCAGGACUCAUGAUACUAUAUGGUGGAGGGGUUAAAAAGAAAUGGGCUGUAAACUCGGCAUUCAUGGUACUCUACGCUUUUGCUUGUGUGCUUUUUUGUUGGGUUACUUGGGGUUACAGGAUGUCUUUUGGAACAGAACUUGUACCUUUUUGGGGAAAGGCUAAUAUUGCCUUGGAUCAAAAGUUUCUGUUUGAUCAAGCAUUUUUUGGCAAGUUUCCUACUGCAACCAUGGUGUUUUUCCAAUCUGUUUUUGCAGCGAUUACUUUGAUUUUGAUUGCUGGUGCCUUGCUUGGGAGGAUGAAUUUUUAUGCUUGGAUGAUGUUUGUACCUCUAUGGCUAACCUUUUCAUAUACUUUUGUGGCGUUUAGUAUAUGGUGUCCUAGUGGUUUUCUUUUCAAGAAUGGCCUCAUUGAUUAUUCUGGUGGUUAUGUGAUUCAUUUAUCUGCUGGAGUUUCUGGUUUCACAGCUGCCUAUUGGGUUGGUCCAAGACUGACUAAAGACAGAGAGAGAUUUCCUCCAAACAACAUCAUUCUUAUGUUAGCAGGAGCAGGAUUGCUGUGGAUGGGUUGGACAGGAUUUAAUGGAGGAGACCCUUAUGCAGCAAGUGUCGAUGCAUCCUUAGCCGUCUUAAACACUCAUGUCUGCACUGCUUCUAGCUUGCUUACUUGGCUAUUAUUGGAUGUCGUAUAUUUUGGCAAAGCUUCUGUUAUUGGUGCUGUUCAAGGCAUGAUCACCGGUUUAGUCUGCAUCACUCCUGCUGCUGGGGUUGUGCAAGGAUGGGCAGCAAUACUAAUGGGUAUAUGUUCAGGUUCAAUUCCUUGGUUCACCAUGAUGGUUGUGCACAAGAAAUCCGAACUUCUCCAAAAGGUUGAUGAUACAAUGGCUGUUUUACAUACUCAUGCCAUUGCAGGAAGCCUUGGUGGAAUCCUGACAGGCCUCUUUGCAGAACCAAGGUUAUGUUAUUUGUUCUCUGGAACAUAUGGGCAAUAUAUUGGCCUAUUUUAUGGUUUUCAAAUGGGACAAGUCCAUGACGGAUUUCGACAAAUAGGAAUUCAACUUUUGGGAAUUAUAUUUGUCAUUCUUGUAAAUGUUAUAUCGACAAGCAUAAUAUGUCUGUUAAUUCAACUUGUCGUGCCACUAAGGAUGUCUGAUGAAGAUAUGGAGAUUGGAGAUGAAGCUGUUCAUGGAGAAGAAGCUUAUGCUAUUUGGGGCCAUGGAGAUAGGCAUGAGAAUUCUUGGCGUGUGAAUUCAGCUAAUCCUGAAACUGAAUUGCCAGUAACGAGAAGGAAGAAUGCAACUGGUCAAGUUGAAAUGACAUGAGAUCUCGUAUGCAUCUGCUUGGGACAAUAUAAAAUAUCGUGCUGAAAGUUGUUUAAAUUCUGAUCAAUUUACUUGUUUUCUCUGGCUUGUAUUUUAACACGAAAUAAAUUUACAAUUAAAUUAGUUGU